UCUCUCUCGCCCCCUCUCUCUUGCCCCCUUCCCCCUCUCUCUCGCCCCCUCCCCUCUCAUCUUCCCCGUCCUCCGUUAAAACGCCGCGGUCGCUGAACCCACAUUUGGGGCAUGCGCCACAAUUGAUACAGGUUAGCAUGAUCCGCUGAAGCUGGUGAUGAUGCCCACUGGCACAUGCGGUGUUACAUCAUCCCUCACCACCUCCCUCGCCAGCUCCCUCUGGGAGGGAGCGAGGCUCUCUCGGUCUCUCCCCCCGCUCUCCUCUCUCCAUCGGUGAAUGCUAACGAGUAGUCUGUGAACUUCUCUAUGACACGUUGACUACCUUCUGAUGUUUUCGCAACUUUUUCUUCUCAUAAAUACCUUUGUGCCUACGUGCAUUGAUCUUUGUUUCAUGCAGACUUAGGAUUAUAGGGCUGUGGUAUGCCUAUGAAAUACAGGUAUAAACAAUAAUUAUAACAUUACCUACAAUUCGUUGGGAAAGAUGCUAAGAUUUGUCAUGGAGCUAGGAUGUUUGUUUUUUAGGGAUCGAUAAAAUAUGCUUUGUGCUAAUCACAUUUUCAAUGUCCAGAAUUUAUACAUUUGCAACUCGCACAAUGUGGUAUUUUUAUAAACAAAGCUAACAUCUCUGUCAUUCAUUAUUUUAAUUUUGUUUAACAAUAAAGGAAAACGAGAAACAAACAUUUCGAAGUUCAUGAGUAUUCAUAAUAUUUAGCACUUGGCUGGCACCACUGAGGUCCUGGGUUUGAAUCCAGGCAGCCACGCGUGAUUAACCUGGGUUCGAGCAAGAUUCUGGUCAGAGCGCUGUCAUCAAUGAUUACACACACACACAAAAACCAACAAUGUAUAAAGUGUGAGUUUAGACUUUGGCUAAAUUCCGAACUUGCAGGAUAUAAAGGUGUUGGUUUGGUUGCUGUGCAGUCAAUGCUUAUAGCAGUGCAUGUGGGAAAUUGCAGCCACUCCCAGGGUGAAUGUGUCUCUUGAAAGGCUCUCAGAAGUAGUUCUGCCGUUAUCUCACACACAGGGUGUACUGCACAUUUCUGCAGGAGUUCCGAUUGCACGCAUUUUCUAAGGGCAUGUCACUGAAUACACAAUUGGAAUACGUGUAAAAACACACUAAACAUAAAACUCGAUUAUCCUCAUGAGCAAAACUGCCUGAAUUGACGUAUACUUGCGGAAGCCUGCCAAGUUUGACAUCCCAAGUUUGAUUUGCACAUUGCUAUCCCUCGUAAUGCCAUUAUGGCCCCUUUAUCAGCAACCGUCUAUUGCUAGGCUCGGUGCGUCCCUGUGAACGGGAGAGCGUGUGUAUAGACCAACAUUCCCCCGCUGUAGCGAUAAGACCAUAAAACAAGCCGCUGCAUGCAACGACGUGUACUUGGGUUAAAUUUUUGAUAUUAAACCGCUCCAGUCGACCACUUCUCACCAUAGCAGCCAGACUCUGCAACCUCCCCCCCCCCACUGCCCGUCCCGGAGAGGGGUGGACACGCGAGUGUGCGGUUUUGCAGCGCGGAGACAACGCUUGCACGCGGGAGGGCGAGGCAGCUCGCGACUUGGCGUGGGAGGAUUCGCCUCGGAUUGACUUCGACAAGGAUCCACCCUGGCAACGGCGUGGGGGCUCGCUCGAUCCUGAGAUCGCCGUCGAUCGCACCGGCGCAGGGCAGAGCGCUUCGCAGGCGGGAAGGGAGCGGGUCGGCCGUUGGCUUGGAGAAAAGCGAGCGAGGACAGGAACGGCUUCUUUCUGCAGGCACGUUGAUUCGGCGGCACCAUGAGUCCAGAGAGGAGCUCUUCCCGUCGGCAAGAUUCGGCAGAUCGUGACAGCGACGCUGAAGGUGAGAAGGAGUAUCUGUCGCUGGUGCAGCAGCAGAGGAGGCUGCAGAGCGAGCAGCGAGUGUACAAGCGAGAAUCAACCUCCGAAAUCCGCAAGCAGAUGCAGGAGCUGUCUCGUCUGGAGGAAGAGAGAAAGACCACUCUCCAGAAGCUGGCAGUGGCCGCCAGCCAUCGAGGACAGAGGUACAGCGCAGGAAGAGUGGCCUCACUGCUGGCAAGAAACGGACAUCUCGAUGAGCAGAUUGAGCAGGAAUUGCAAAGACAACAAAUGCUGGACGACCAGAUCAGGGCCAUGGAGAAAAAUCUUGAGCGCAAGCGAGCGGCUCCAGUGAAGCAGCGCCACCUGCAGAGCAAGAUUCACAACGCGAGCACGCGGCUGGACACGACGAAUACCAAGCUGGGUGAGCAGCUGACAGAGAAUGGGCGACUGCGAGGGGACAUCGACACCCUGCGUUGCGAGCGCGACAAGUUCCUCGUCGUCCACAGCAAACUUGACAAGGAGCUCAAGGACCUGAAGAAGGAGAUGAAAGCAUCGAUGGAGGCAGCCAGCGAAGCUCACCAAUCGAGGGAGGAUGCGCAGGCCAAGCUGAGCCGCGUGCGGGAGCAGAACGAGAAGGAGGUGGAGAUGUUCCACGCGGAGAUGCGCGAGCUGCGGCUGGCGAGCGACCACGAGGGCGGGCUGCAGCGCUUCCUGCUGGAGAAGGACAAGCGCCGAGUGUCGCCAGAUGAGCUCGAGCGCAGCCAGCGCAAGCUGGACGAGGCGAGACAGAAGCGCUCGGAGGAGCAGCGGGAGGCGGUGGCGAGGUACGAUGCGGCGUCUCAGCAGAUCGCGGCGCUGCUGGAGGCCGACGGCUCCCCCGGCGGCGGCGGCGGCACCGGCAGCCCCAGAGGCGGGCGCGUGGCCAAGGGCAGCCUCGCCGAGCUGAGCGACGCCGAUGUCAGGCGGCUGCAGGAGCUGGCAGGGAUGAGCCGUCGCAGGUCGGUGGCCCUGCCGGCGUUCCUGCACGCGUCGGCGGGCACGGAGGCGGAGGGGUCGCGCCGGACGCACCGCCGCAUGUCGACCCUCGCCCUCGCGCUGGGGCUCGACGAUGGCGAGGGCAUCCGCGAGGCGAUCCGGCGCUCCCUGGAGAAAGACGGCGGCCCUGGCGACCGGAGCGGGCAGGAGGUGGAUGGGGAACUUUUCUACUCCAAGUUUAUGGAGCGGGAAGAAAAUAACUUCGCCCUCUACAACUACGUCUCUGAGCAGAGUGCGGCCAUCCAGCAGCUCAACGGUGAAAUCCACAAGCUGAUGACCGAGCUGCACGACGGCCGGCGGAGCGAUGCGGAGCGCGACUCGCGGCUCGGGGAGGAGGCGCGCCUGCUGGAGGAGAGGGCGCGAGACGCCAGCCGCGAGGCGGAUCGGCUGAGUGGCGACAAUCGGCGGCGGCGCAGAAUGGGCAGCCAGCUGCAGAGCGAGAUCGGUUCUCUUCUCAGUCACAUUGGAGGGUCUGAAGGCUCAGCUGGGCUAUGUUUUGGCCAUGGCGAGGACUUAUUGGAGCAGGUGGUGAUGACCACCCUUGGCCGUGUGGAGCAACGAGCGAACGAGCUACUGACAGCUCGUGCUUAUCAGCACUACCAACAGGGUGCAGACGCGGUGUCGGAGCGAGGUGGCUCCACGUGGCAACUGCUCAGCCUCUCCCCACCGACCCAGGCUGCGAACUUUGACCUUGAGCUUCCAUCCACCAAACUCGUGAGCGGCAGCGACAGCGAGGGGAGGUGCAGCGAUGAUGAGCAACUGCUGACGGACACAGAACUCAGGGAGAAGGCUUUGCAGUCUGUUCUUCGCCAAGAGACGAAGGAGUGAAGAAGAGUCAAUGCACGCGAGUUACAAGGCAAUAUUACAUCUGUUUAGAAUUUUAAACCGACACGUUCUGUGUAUGGCAAAAAAAAACAAAUUGCAACAAUCAAAUGUGUGCAGCACAGACUGCAAUGAGGCCUGUUGUGAUGGCCACAAAUCUUUUUGGUUUGUUAGUGGCCUUAAACGAUAAUGUGGUUAUACGUUCAGCCCCUUAAGAGCUGUUGGCCGAGGCGAAACUGAGAGCAUUGUACAUGCAAAAUGUGAUGGUCACGUAACGUGGAUGUCAGGCACGUUAGGAGUCAAUCUUGAUUUAAAGUUUUCGUAUUUCUAACUACGUGACUUUACCGAAAGAAACAAAGAGUGCGUUAGGAGUUGUGUGCCUUCUCGCCAUUCGUGAGCAGUCAUUUGUGUUGUUAAAUCUACUCGUUCAAAUCAGUGUGACGAUAAAUAGAAUAUCACAGAUUGCUUAAAAUGAAAUGGGGCAGUGAUUUCGU